AUGGUUGAGUUCUCAAUCUUCCACGUAUUGACUUCGUUUAGCGACUUUAUAUUAUCUGGAGAAGUUUUGGAUUGGGCUGGAGUUGUCGAAAGCAGAAACUGCUUCAAAAAGAUCGGGUUUACAUAUAUUCAAAGGAAACGGGCAGAGGAAGCCUUAUUCAACGCGUUAAAGGCCAUUAUAUCUGAGAAUGGCGAACAAGCCGCAACAGCUCAAAAACUGCUCGCCAAUUUUAACGAGAUUGUCAACUCCAUAACUGCACUAGGCUUUGGAAUGAUGAAACCAUCAGCCAAAGAGAAGCAGAAUACAUUGCGUCGACCUAGGUGGGAAAAGAGUAUCAAGCCUCUAAUUGACAAGUAUGCGCUUGCUGUUGAAGUGAAGCCAGAAUCGGUUUUUGAUGAUUAUGUUCAGUCACCAUCAACAAAAAUUAUCUUCGAAAUACCAUUCGAGGGCGAGUUUGAUCUCAAAAAACAUUAUGACUUGUUAUGGGUACAAGAUAUCUAUCGGCGAUUCACGUUAUUAUUUGCCUUAUCUUUUAACAUGCUUCGCGAUGCAAAUACAUUGGAGAUAGCUUACAGAGAAUCAUUUGUUAAUCCUAUAAUUCCCAAGGCAUUCGAGGAUGUAAAUGACAAGAUUAGUGGAGAGAUAGAGAGCGCACAACGUAAGCAACAUCAAAAGGGCAAGAGCCUCGGGUAA